ACCAAGCAGUCUUUUCUUUCGAAGGACACUUGACAAAAACACUAAAACGAAGAACUAAAAAUAAAUAACAAUGGAGUUUGAGGAUCACGCUUACACCAGCACCACUUAUGACAAAACCAGACCCGUGGAGUUCACGUAUAAAAUGACUACCAAUGAAAUCGAGGAGUUUGUGAAGCUGAGGGUUUCAAAUAAUUACCUCUUCUCUGGAAGGAGAAAUACGUCCAUGUGGGCAUGGAGGGCCAUCCUGAAACACAUGGGCCUGCAAAACAAGAUGACUCAUAUUCAAGCAUCCAAAAAGUGGGAGAACAUGAAGAAGAGAUACAAGGACCUAAAGAACCCUCCAGAUGGGGUGAAAGUGUUCCCUGAUGCGUGGCCUUAUUUCAAUCUGAUGGACGACGCCAUGGAGGGUCGGCUGGAAGGUAACGCCCCCAUCCUCAAGGCCCUCUCCAACACUUGCGAUUUCGUAGCCAUCUCCAGACCCAAGAGGAGGAAGGUGGUGACCUCCCCCGUGCCUUCAUUAACAGGCGGGCCAGAGAUCGAGGUGUCGCUGAAUGGAGAUGAGGACGAGGAAGGAAACCAGGAGAUGGAUAACGCCAUGCAAGAGAUGGAGCACGGGAGGAGCUUGAUGGACAGUGAAAGACAGGUGAUGGAGAGGGAGAAACAGGUGAUGGAGAGGGAGCGGCAGGUGCUGCAGAGGGAGAGGGCGGUGCUGGAACGGGAGGUCGCCGCUCUGGACCGAGACCGAGCCUCGCUGGAGAGGGAGCGGGCGACGAUAGAGAGGGAGAAGGCGGUGAUGGAGAGGGAGAGGGCGGCGAUGGAGAGGGACAGAGAUGCUGUGAGCAGGGAGCGGCUGGCGCUGCAGCAGGAGAGAACACGACUGGAGAGAAUGUCUGCACCCAAAGAAAGGACUGAGGGGGUGACAGAAGAGAGCAGCGGGGUGAGCGACUCAGACGUCACGGACAGGAAGGAGAGGUUCCUCAACCUGUUUGAAAAACUGAUUGAAAAUGUUUGAUUUAUGUUUUUUUUUUUUGCACCAAACUUUCCCCCCAAAAACACACUUCUAGUUGCAUCUGCGUAUUAGAGGUCGACUGAUGUAUUGGUUUGGCUGAUAGGACGUUAAACAAACCAUCGUGUGGUAUGUGGACGAUGGCUGCCACUUCCUGGUUCAAAUUAAAAUCUGUUGUUUCAGAAUAAAAGCCCUCUAGUGUUUCAUACACAGUCAAGCCAGUGGCAGCCUCCGAGGCUGAAUGAAUUAAUAACGCCAACAUGAGAGUGACAAAAACUCUAGUUCAAACAGCGACUUGAGGCUGGCCUGAGAAGCCAGUCAGUUCCCAUGCACCCCCAAGUGCCCAAUUUACAGCAGAAAUGAACAUGUUUACAGCCUGGUACAUAAACAUGGUUCUGUUCUCUAACGCUAAUUUAAAAUUCAUGACAACUGUACAAGGUGCAAAUGUUUGUAAGACUCAUCAUUUGCAUUUUAUUAAGGGUCAAAGUUACGUAUAAGUAAGGACGGGCCGCUCUGAUUGACAGGCUGUCUGCUGAUAGCGUCCUCGGCCUCUCAGUCAGAUCCACCCCUUCACCUCUACAGCGCCACCCUCUCACCCAAAUAUGGUCACGUAUAAAUCCAAAAAAACAAGAUGGCGACGGCCACGCCGCGGAACUGUAGGCUUCAAAAUAGGAGUCCACACACCAGUGGGGGGCAUCACAGUAGCUAUGUGCAGUAUUUUUACAGUCUAUGGUUUUGACCAAGUCUUGUUUGUGUGUUGUAUGAAUCCUAAACUACGUUUACACGCACAAAAUAUUCAGUUUUUUGCCGAAUUCUGAAACACAGUAUUCCUACUAAGCAUUUUACAUGACUAAUGAAAAUGAAUAUUCCCGUUUACACCCCGCCCUGCAUACUCUGAUUAAUGUGCCUUAACAAUAUGGAAAAGUGGAACGACUGGAGCUGCUUGUCAUUUUGCUUCUUUGCAUCAAAACAGGAUUUUUUUCAAAGUUUCAGACUUCAGACUUGUUGACCAUGGUGGUAACACAGCCACCUUCUUUCAUUCCUUCAAUGACCUUCUAGAACAGGGGUCUCAAACUCAAAUUAUAGCUGCUGUGCAGCGAUGGGUCGGGUCUGGGCAUUUUUAGGCAAUUCUGAGCAACAAGCAGA